CCCAACGUGGUAGUGGUGCUCUGUCACCCGCCAUAUCUUCUCCAUCACCUCCUACACUCACCUCGGCCGCGGUGACAUCCGAUGCAUUGCUCUCUCCCUUUGUCCGACUUUCCCAUAAGAAUCGCAUCGCCCUCUUGGUCCAACUCGGCUGGAAGUCUCUUCCAUCACUGUAUCACUCUCUGCUCCUUGCAAAAGAUCCCCUUUCGCUCAAUCCCUUCCACCGUCACCACCUGUCCGGCCCUCUUUUCAUUCAGACCUCUACUCUGAAAUGCGGACUCACGCCAUCUUGGGUCUCACCAUCGGCCUGCUAGCUCUCGGCAUCGACGCGGCGAGCAUCAAGCAUGCUUCAGGCUCUCAUUCGACCAGACAGGUGAAUGGCGAAGUCAUCCACAAGAUCACCGAUGGCCUCAAUCGAGUAGUCACACCGCCAGGCAAGCCCAAAUUGGUGCUUGGCCAAAUGGCUCCCAAACGCAAAAGCCGCAAAUCAAAAUCCCUGCACACCUCGCUGUACAAGCAAGCAAGCAGCUCCUACGGCACGUCCACAAGUACCGCGUCAGCUGCCGAUCCGCGCAUUACGGACACACCAGGUGACCUGCGCGCUGCGACCGCACCAAAAGGUACCAGGAACUCUCUCGGCAUGGGUCAAGAUCCGAGUCCUAUCGCACUGAAGAAUCCAAAUGGCACCGUAUCCUACUUCUUUCCCGACUCCGACUUCAAGAACACUGCUUUGAUGCGCAUGAGCGCGGAUUUGAACGAAGCGAACCGAGCACCACCUCAGGCUAUACACACGUAUGGAAUGAUUGGUACCGAAGCACCGGACGUCGCGGUGUGGCAGGGCAGCCAGCUCAUCUACACCGUCUCGUCAACCAAAGACGACAAGUUGAGAGCUCUCACCAGCGAUACCGACGAUCCUCUGGGUACAUGGACCAGCCAUGGAGUCAUCACGUACCGGGGCCAACCAGCAGAAGGCUUCGACUCGCACGUCUUCACCCAUCCAAAUGGCAAGCGGUACCUGCUCUACUCCAACCAUGCUGCCAUCCUCAUCGCUGAGAUGAGCUCGCCCAACACACUCGCAAAGAAGCCAAAGCCCAUCGUCUCCUAUGUCGGUCAAGGCGGUGGUCCACUCUCCAUCUUCAACUGCGAAGCGCCCGCUACAGUCUUGCUGCCGAACAAGAACGGAAGCACCACCGUCAACCUCGCGUUCAGCACUGGCGAUUUCCGCGCGGCCGACUAUCAGACGCGUUUGAUGUAUCAAGAUGGCUCCUUGGAUCCCACCGUUCCCCACCAUUGGCUGAUCGCGGAUGAGCCCAUGCUUCGGACAGAUUCGUCGGUCAGCGUCUACGGACCAGGCUCCGGCGGUUUCUUCGACUGCCCAUCGGCCAACGGUGAUGCAAACACUCUCGACGCCAAGUGCUUCGCCUACGGUGCUUUCUCGCAAAGUAGCGGUGAAGGCAACGCUCUAUUCCCCACCGGCAAUAGGCGAACGAUCCGUGUUCAGCAUGUCGACCACGACGAACACGGUGUGAUUGAGCCCAUGCACGUCAUCGCCACGCCUGUCAUCACUUAGAGAUGCAUGUGACCUAAAGAUAAGGUCGCCUCGACCCAUUCAGAUCCAAUUUUGGUCCCCUUCGCUUCCAUCAAGCAGCCUGGACGUUGCUCAUCACGCUCCCUUGACCCAGCAUUGUUGGCGAUAAGCAACUGC